AUGGGAUGCAAUUUGGUAAAAGAGGGAGAUAUGAAUGCGAAAAUUUCUGAGGUGGUUCGAUGGGAUUUAAUAAAUUCUGCGACCGAUGAAGCUCAACUCGCUACACCAGGAAAAGAUGUCAAUGAACAAUACGAAGGUGUAAUAAAGUUACUAAGGGCAAAUCCUCUAUUAAACAAUUCCGAGAAAAUCCAGGCAGAAAAAAAUUUCACCUUUAUAAAGGAUCGGGAAAAUCUCAUCCGCCUCAAAAAACCCACCUACCCAUGCGAACAGUGCCAUAGGCUCGGUUACACCAUCUUAUUCUGCGAACACUGUGCGAGAGAACGCCUCGAAAGGGAUUUUGUAAAUUGGACGUCAGGAAACGAAAUCAUUGACCGAGCGAUUCAACAAUCUCAGAGCAUGCUCCCGUUACCAAGAUAUCUCAUCGAAUGGAUACCAUACACCGAUCUUGAAGAUGUCAAGUACAAAACCAAAGGAGGAUGUGCGGAAAUCUUGACCGCAACGUGGAAGAAGGGUGUCAUCCUGUCAUUUGACAAUGAAAAGCAGGAGUUCGAAAGAAGCCCCGCAGGUGUGGUGGUCCUUAAAAAAUUGUUGAAUAGUCAGGAUGCGAACGAAAAAUUUCUUGAGGAGUUAAAAGUUCAUAUUUUACUUGGAUCAAAAGGUUACACCGUUGCAACUUGUUACGGUGUGACAAGAGAUCCUUCCACCGGGGAAUACGUCUUGGUGCUUGCCAAUUAUGAGCAAGACUUUGGUUCAUACAUCAAAAAGUCCUAUGACUCAGUCACAUGGAAGGAUAUUUACAAUAUCUUUUAUAACAUUUCCGAGGAUCUUUACAAUAUGCAUAGAGAGAAUCUCAUCCACCGUGAUCUCCACAGCAAGAAUGUUUUAAAGUCCGCCGGGAAUCUAUUUAAUCUUUCGGAUUUUGGUAUCUGUGGACCGGCGAAUAUGGGUUCCUCAAAUGUCUAUGGAAAUCUUCCCUUCAUUGCGCCCGAAAUCUUUCUCAAACAACCGUAUACCACGGCGAGCGACAUCUACAGCAUGGGAAUGCUCAUGUAUCAUGCGACCGUCGGUCAUCCGCCUUUUGCCAAUUGUCACCACGACCUGCUCCUUGUUUCCGAAGUUAUCGCGGGAAUUAGGCCACCAGAUUGUAUAAGCAGUCAAAUCCCGAUGGGUGAUAUCCAUGAAGGUCAAAGCGCCACGCUUGUGUAUAAGAAAGGCAGUAGUAAACUUGACGAGAUUCAGACCGAGCAUAUUUACGAGUUUCAGGGAGACACCCUUGUCUGCGAGAACAUUGCAAACAGCAGAAUGUGGAAGAUUGAGGAUAUUCCCAAGAGUCCAACUGUUGAACAUUUUCAUGAAACACCAAAGG